AGCUAGGGAUUUCUUUUGGUUCUAUUUUUCUUCUAUUUUCCUAUGCAAGUAGCCGGGGACCAUGUUCAUAGUAGCUGCCCACGGGAAAUCCCUGGCACCUGCGUCUUAAUGACAGCCCUGGCUGCAGUUGAAUAUUGUAUAUAGCUGAACCUCUACAGUACAUUGCGAGGUGCUGCCAACAGGUGGAAAUACCUGUCCAGUUGUCAUGGAAGUCCCAGCUACUCCAUAAAAUAAUUGAGCGGGAAAGUAUAAUGAUUGUAUUUGAUCUUCAAGAAAAGCAAAUGUAGGUGAAUAAAGGUGCCUUUUUUUUUUUUGCUAAAAUCUCUCCCUGAUCACUCAAAAUGCACUGAGAUACAGGGGCCCCCAAAUUAUUUGUUUCCAGAGUAGGCCUCCCUACUAUAUUAUGGGCGGGGGCAACCCCCUUCCAAACUUGCCCCCUCACUUGACUCAGUGUUGCGGUAAGUAAACUUUGCAUCCCUUUAUUUGAUGUGUGAUUCCAAAAAAUAUCCAUACCCCCAAACGGAUGGUUCUUCCAAUUAGACCCCCCCACCCCCUUGCAAUUUCCGUUCCAGAGGGGUCAUGCAUAACCCCCACCCCCCAGGAAUUUCCUAUUUUCCUUUUCAUGGCCUUAAUUUGCAGUAUUUAGAGAUAAUCGACCGUGUACUGCUUAAAAUUAACUGUUCUCAUCUUAAGACACGAUUUUUUAUGAUCUUUGACCUUAUAAUUUGUAAUCUUUUACAAGGCAAUAUCUUUUACAACCCAGUAUAAAAUUUUUCUCGUGGGCACCCCCUCUACCCCUUGGAAAUUUCUACCCUUUAGCCCCCCCACCCCCUAGGAAUUUCCAUUGACCAUCCGUGUUGGUGGGGGUGGGGGGUUUGGAUAUUUUGUGGAAUCACACAAUCCAUUGCUAUGUACUCAAAUUUUUUCUCCUACUGACUGCAACCCUGCCGCACACAUCAGCCACUGUCCGCCGUCUAUAGACAUCAACAAAAUUAUUUUUAGUAGUUGCCAUAAUAAGUGGAGUCAUAGAAAAGUGCCCAUGAUCAAAAGAUUUUUUUAAAAAAAAUUGUACUUUGCACUACCACUAUUUAAAGUAAGCUUUUCCCAAGAAUUUUACUUACGUACUUAAAGAAUUUUUCACAUUCUGUAACAACAAUAGCCAUAAUGACUCUUGGUAACAAUUAUAAAUAAAUUACAGUGUAACAUGGUGCUUUCCUUCUGCAGGUCUUCCUUCAGCAGGCAUGAACAGCACAGCAUCAACAGCAUCAACAAUGGUAUGUUUCUCCGUUAUUAUAAACUCAUUGGUUCUUAUCCAGCUAGCUUAGUAAGUGCAUCUGCUCAGAAGGGUAAGGCUAAUAUUGAGCAGACACAAAAAUUUUGCGUAUAAACACUGGACAAGACAAUGCUUCCACAAUGACAGUGAUUCUAUUAUUUCCUUUGAGUAACUUGUUGUCGCUGAAAUGGCAAACACCAGAUACAUUGUAUAUGUACAAUGUGCUAUAUAUUGAUGAUAAUUAGGCAAUCAGCAAUAUUAUUUUGGUCUACAACCUUUAACCCUGCAUAUUCUUUUAUUUUAUUUUCUCUGCAUAAAUUUCAGAGGCACCCAACGAGAAUAUAGCAUAAAACCACUUAAACAUAGUAUUGCUAAACUUAUUUUAGUAUUUAAAUGGUAGAUAUAGGCAUAUUUUUAUCCCCUAAAAAUUCUUUGUCUGUUUGGAUUUCCUAGCUGAAAGUCUAGUGAUCCGAAAAUUAUAGGGAUUUAAACUUACCUUUACAAAAAUUUCAGCCAGAAAAAAGGCUCUCGAAAAUUCUAGGUGACCUUUUUAGGGUAAAAAUGAAAUCCAUUAAAAAUGGGCAAUUAUACCAUUUUUCAGAUGUUCGAAAAUCCUAGGUGAGGCACGCAAGCAAGAAAUUUUUACAACAAAUGUUCCGAAAAUCAUCUUCUGAACAGAUAUUUUCCGAAAAGUGACGUUGGGUGCCCCUGAAAUUUGAUAUAAAAGUGUCUUAAAACCCGGAGUGACUUUAUGUAAAUUUGUUUAUUGUAAAUUCCAGAUAGUGUCAAACAAGACAAGACCUUCCAAUGAAACAAUACAAAGAUCCAUAACUGAUGUUGUUGCUGUGGCAAUGGAACCUGCCACAACUUCAUCACUAAAUGAGAAUACAAACUUCUCCAUUAGCAAAACAGUUGCUCUCCCCGUCUGGCUCAUUGCUGUUAUUGCUGGGGGUGCCGUGAUUACCACUCUUGCUGUCACUGCAAUUAUAUGGAUUUUGUGCAAAAUGAGACAAAGGUAAGAUAACUAUAAAUUUUAUACAUCAAAUGAAGAAUGAUCCUCGCAGUUGUGAACACUUUUAUGCUAUUGCCUAUUUAGAGGCCCUGAAGAAAAUUCAUGACUUCAACAGGAUUUGAACCCAUGAGCUUGCGAUAGAAGUGUAAGGAACUUGAAAAAAGUGAAGUCCUGAAUUUUUUCAGGCUUCUUAUGCAAUUGCAUAAGUCGCGUUCACAACUGCGAGGAUCGUUCUUCAUUUGAUUUCAUUUCCACAGUUCUCAUAUGAUAUAUUUCAUAGACCAAAAUGUAUACAUUUAAAACAUUCAUCAUUUUCACGGGAACAUAUGAACACCUAAGUAACCAGCUCUCAACAUCAGAGCUUUUCCACUUUGUAUUUUAGUUCUUGGAGAACUGAUACCAUCGUCAUCGUCGUUUUUUCAUCUAAAUGAAAUACCCCCCAACCCUCUCUCAAAUAAGCCCCUUGUCUCUAUUAGGCCCACCCUCAAAUGAGAUUGAUUGGUUGUACCACGUGGGAAAUUUGAUUCAACCAAUCAGAAGCACUACCCAGAUCUGGUAGUGACACGUCACCAGUAUGGAAUUUCUGCACUCGUUUCUCAGACGGCGUUUGUUGGCGGGGAGACCAGUGAUAGCGUAGCCAAAUGUCGGCUGUUUUCUUGGGCAGUUGUGAGAGGUUGUUUGACUGGGAAAAUUUGGGUGUUUGGAUAAGUGGCCGCCUAUGGGAAGAUAGUUUCUUCUUUACCAUUACUACCACCAGUGCAAAUUUUAGCGAAACAUAAAUUUAUUGUGUUUUAAUUUUGCUUUAGGAGUCGCAGGAGACGGAAAAGAAGGUCAAAUAAAGGUAAGAAUGCAGUGUUACUGUUCAUGUUUGGUUGUCUCUUGAGAACGGUAGUAUAUUGUCCCUCGUUGUUGUUUUCUUUUUUUUGUCUGGGCUUUAAUGUACAACCUGUAGUUGCUUUAAGGCACUUUCAUACAGGUUGAUGUGAUUCUGGUUGCGAUUUUUUAAGCGGUUUUUGAUGCAUGUGCAAACUGAGGGGUUGUUUUGAUGGCAAAUUUACGCUGCAAAAUUCUUUUUCCAACGGUUUAAUACAGGAGAGGUACAAAAAGGCUAUGAUUGCGUCCUGAGGAGCAUUUUGUGUAUUCGCUAUUUGCCCCUCCCAACCCGCAAAAAAAAAAAAAAAAAAAUUGCAUAAUUAUCGUCUUCAAUUUCUCCUGGGACAACUGCAAUACCCAGGAGAAAUGAAAAACAAAACUUUUGCAAAACCUUUUUUUGCGGGGGAGGGAGGGGGGUCACCGAGGUGUAUUAUGGGAGAUGUGCAAAUGGUGAAUGGGUAAUUAAUGUAGCACAGUCAUUACGUAGUGACCUAAAACAGCAAUAUCCUAGCUCGUGACAUAGCCCCUUUAAACAAACCAUUUCCUCUUUUUGUCUUCCACCAGAAAAUCAGUUAUGCAAUAACGAUGACGAUACGGUUAUCACUUUUACGACCUCAGGCGUUGCGUCGGGAGGUAGUGAAGGAGGGUAUGCCAGGGCGGGAAGCCCCUGUCGAAAAGGUUACGCAGUCCUGAAGCCUGGACAACAGAGGUGUAAGUCUGACUAUCAAAGGCUUCUGAAACCCGGUGAAGGUAGGAUAAUUGACGGAUAAGUUACAGUGUAUUUUCUAGACUGUGUGUUUGUAUACAGACAGCAAUACCGUAAACUGCCGCUUAUAAUUCCCCUCAGUUCUGUUAAUUACAGGCCAUCUACCUGUGAACCAAAAGAAAUCCGAUUGUGAGCUCCUUGGUUAUAACCCCCAUCCAAAUGUGUUGAUAUGAAUUCCAUAAAAAAUUUCAUUGAUAAAAGAAGUCUGUGAAAACUGCAUACCAAAUAAAUAGUGCGAUGUGAAAGUACUGCUUAAGAGAUUUCAUUUGAAUGGCAACAUUAUAGGGUUUCAACUGCAGAUUCAAAAGUUAGAACUACAUGCUAAAUCAACAGUACCAUGUGAAAGCAGUGCUGAAAAAGUUUCAUUUGAAUGGUCACACGAGAGGGUUUCAUAUACAGACUCAAAAGUUGGAACUCAAUGCUAAACAAGUAGUACCAUGUUGAAGUAUUGCUGAAGAGGUUUCAUGUGAACUGUCACACCAUGACGUUUCUUCCACAGACUCAAAAGUCAAAACAGGGGCACCCAACGACAAUUUUUGGAAAUUAUCUGUUCGGAAGACGAUUUGAGAUCUAGAAUUUUUGGAACAUUUGUUGUUCAAUUUCUUGCUUCCCUGCCUCUCCUAGGAUUUUCGACCCCCCCAAAAAUGGUAUAAUUGCCCAUUUUUAACGGAUUUUUACCCUUAAAAGGUCACCUAGAAUUCUCGGGAGCCUUUUUUCUGACUGAAAUUUUCGAAAAGGUAAGUUUUGAUCUCUAUAAUUUUCGGAUCACUAGACUUUCAGCUAGGAAAUCCGAACAGAUGAAUAAUUUUUAGGGGAUAAAAAUACACCUAUAACUACCGUUUAAUUACUAAAAUACGUUCAACGAUGCUAUGUUUAAGAGGUUUUGAACUAUAUUCUCGUUGGGUGCCCCUGUUAAAAGUACCUUACCAGAUUUUUUUCUGUGUUUGUUUAGAUGUCGCAGGAUAUUUAGUCCCAAUGGAGCAAAGAUCCUCAGUUCUUCCAUCGACACCUGUAGAAACACUGCCCCCAUCUACGGAAGAUACAGCAAUAUACAGCGAAGCCAAUAGUCCACCACCCCAAGACAAAGUCAAGAGUAAAGAUUAUGACUACGCUAAACAAGAUGAUGUCUGCGUGAUUCGGUCGAGCUUAGAGAAUUUGGAUGAAAAUAAAACAAACGAAAGAGAGACAGGUUAUGGUCAUGGUAGAGAACACAGUAAUAGUAACGAGACUGAUCCUCCGUCGCCUUUUUAUGCAGUGGUUGAAGUGGCGGACUCAGGAGGAUUGCCCGCUGAUGAGGCGACCUCGUCAGAAAAUGAAAUGGAUACUGAUUCUGUACCAGAGUAUGUUGAAGUUUUACCUGAAGUAGAUUCAGGGAGUGGAAAUCCUUUGACAAAGGGAAGUUGUGUGGCAUAAUAUGGCUGAUGAGACCUUAUUUGUCAUCUUGGGCUAUUGAUUACAACGACGAUGACCUUGACAAUGACUUUGAUGAUGAUGAUAGUGAUAAUGAUGAUGAUGAUGAUGAUGAAGGCGAUGAUCAGUCAUGACGAUGAUGACGAUGAAGUUUACGUUGACAAUAACUAUAAUGAUAAUGCUGAUGACGGCAAUGAAAGGGCUCGCACUAUCUUGAAAAGUCCUUGAAUUUUAGGGAGAGUCCUUGAAAAGUCCGUAGAUUCCAUUUUUCCUUGAAAAGUCUUCAAACUUCUGUGCAAGUCCUUGAAAAUUUCUGGAAUUUUCUUCAACUUUUUUUUUAAUGCUUUUUAGUUUUCAAAGACAGAAUAUAAUUCAUAGCUUAGAGACGUUAAUGGUCAUUUAUGUAAAGCGUUAUUUGUUUUAUGCAUGAAUCAACUAUCAAUUUAAGACAAGUAAACUGAAAAAUGUAAAGAAGUUGAUGGAGCCAGUAUUUCUAGCGUGAAUGUCCUGUUAGAAUGGACUGGGAAUGUACCUUUUUGUACAAUCUGUGAAAUUACAUUCCUGAUAGGUGGUCCUUGAAAAUCGAAUCUGGUCCUUUGAAGAGCCCUCGAAAAGUCUUUGAAAAAUAGUUUCAAUUUUUUGUAUGAACCCUGGAUGGCGAUAAUGAUGAUGACGACUACUACGAUGACGUUUACGUUGACUUUGA